AUGAGCGAACCCACAAGCCUUUGGGUAAAAUCCCGCGAAGGUCUUCCAGAAGAUGUCAAGAAGUGGCUUGACAGUGUCGAAAAUGACACAAAACCUGGUUUAACAGCAACAGAGCAUAUUAAUUGGCUCAUCAACGAAACGGAACAAAAAAAGACAGAAUUUGAGAAGACACGCCGUCUGUGUGUCAUAGAAACGACGAGCCAUCGAUGGGAUUUGUCAAAGUAUUUCGACCGUAUGGUUCGCUGGCUCAACAAGUUCAAGGCUAUAGGAGAUGUGGCGUCGUCUUUCGACCCUGUCCACGCCGCUCUUCCGUGGGCGGCUUUUCGAUUCGUCUUGCAGGCCAUAGUGGCAGAGAAAGAGUAUACAGAAAGUACCUUCGAGCUUAUGUCGUUAAUCCCUCAUUUUGUCAUAUCGGGACACGUUCUAGAAGUCGUCUAUAUAAACGAUAAGAAGAAUCUCGAAAACAACCAUGAUGUGUCAUAUCUGAGCCAGCAAUGCGUCAAAAAUUUGAGCGAAGAACUAUUCAAGCUGUAUUCGUCACUUUUGGUGGCACUUGAGUAUUCCUACUCUUCAUUCAUGCUCAAGAAAGGGACGCGCAAGGUUAUAGCACUGUUCAAUUCAUCUGAGCCCGUGGGUAUCCUCAAUGAGUUGAAAGCGCAAUAUCAGCAGGCCUUGGACUGUGGUCAAGAUUGUGGGAGGAUUCUUGCUUACAACUCAUCCCACAAGUACUUGGGCUUGCUGGAUGAGGUCAAACUUUCUAUCGCACAUCUAGAAGACCGUGUCUUGAAAUCACUAGUCCGAAUUGAUGAGCAAGAUCACUUAAGGGCUCUUGAAAAGAUAUCUACUAUUCUUUUUCGAAGCCACCACGAGGAGGUCAAGAGAAAGAGGACUGGGGGUACUUGCGAAUGGAUCCUCAAGAAAGAGAAGUUCCUUGAGUGGGAAGGCAAUGGUACAGCUCUUAUGGUGUUAUAUGGCAAUCCUGGCGCGGGAAAGACCUUCCUAGUCUCCAAGGUGGUUGACUACUGUUGCCAGAAUGCUCGACUUGAUGAGGCAGUGGCUUACUUUUACUGCAAGCGUGAUGAGCCGAACAGGAGAAAUCCUCAAGACAUCCUUCGCAGUAUCCUGCGGCAACUGUCAACCCCAGUGAGGGAAGUGGAAAACGGAAAGAUUCACCAAGCCUUGAAAGGGCUCCCUGAUCGUCUCGAAACUAACGGUAUGACCUUCGAUAUACCAACUUGCCAGAACCUGAUUGAAACACUUAUCGGUGACUACUCGAGAACCACUAUCAUUCUGGAUGCUCUGGACGAGUGUGAUAGGGACAGUCGAGUAGAGCUUAUGAAGGCUGUUUCAGGUUUGCUGAAAGGCAGCAGCAAGAUUCGAGUUUUCAUAUCGAGUCGAACUGAUGAUGAUAUACGACGUAACUUUCAAGACAAGCCUAUCAUCGAGAUACAAGCCACUGACAAUGAAGCCGACAUAAGUUCAUUUGUGCAAGAUGAGCUGUCGCAAGACCCACGGUGGGACAGCCUGAAUUCAGAGCUUCAGCAACAGAUUAAAGCAAUCUUCCAUGAUAAAAGCCAUGGCAUGUUCCAAUGGGCAGCAUUGCAGGUAAAGCAACUCUGUCAAUCUACUGUUUGGAACCAAUCAAGCAUCAAAGCCCAUACAUCGAAUGCGCCUAAAGGUCUCAGAGCGGCCUAUGAUGUUAUCUGGGAUCAAAUAGGACAAAGAACCUCCCAUGAAGAGCAACAGGCAAGACGAGCGAUCAAAUGGGUUCUUUGCGCCUUUCGACCCCUCGGAACUGCUGAACUGUCGAGGUUAUUGCAAAUCGAUACAGAUACUGAUUACGUCGCACCAAUCGAGCAGCUGACCAAAGAUGACAUUUUGGGUAUCGGAGGCAACUUACUUAUACACGAUGACGAAUUGGGAGUGUGGCGGUUUUGCCACUUAUCAGCACGCGAGUACAUCGAAGAACACCAUUACGCCACGGUCGAAGCCCACCGCCAUGCUGCCACUUCUUGCCUGAGAAUACUGCUUCAGUCCUCGUCGACCGAAGCUAAGGACCCGCGGAAUAUUGAGCCUCAUGAACCCUACAUUCGGCAUAUUGCAGGCGAUGUUGAACGUGGAACGUCGUCAAAUUGGGACCACAACUUAGACGACUAUGUUCUCUGCGAGGCCCUUCAUCACGCGGGUCAAGCCGAUUCGCCAUCGAGUGAAUCCAAUCAAUUAGCUUCUCUGCUAAGGGAGUUCUUCGGGUCGAUCGAAACCGAAAGUCCUGUUUUUUGGUGCUGGAAGAAUCACCGCCGGGCUUUGUUGAAGCGCAAGUCUUACGCUCCUUCAUGUUACAUGUCGUUGCAGCUUCUGGCCGUUCGUUCAAGGUCUUCGCCAUUAGAAGUUGCAGCUGUCUUUGGACUUUUUCAUUUGCUUAGGACCUGGUGGAACGAAUUAAGUUCGAAGUCCAGUGAUGCAGCUGACGAGGGCCCGUCAUUGCUUUCUUUGGCCAUCGAAUUCCGACAUGAACGCAUCUGGAGAUUCCUUUUGGACAGAAAUGUGAAAGCUGAAUCCUGCCCACUCCGCCCUUUGAAAGUUGCAAUUAGAGCAAACUAUCUACCUGCACUGGAUGCACUUAUCGAGGCAGGAUUUGACGUAAAUGAUGUUGAUCUGAACCCGCCACUUGCCAGGCUGUUACAGCGAGUCGUGGAGCCCGAAGUGGACACAGCACUUAAGAGUGCUUUAAAAUGGUCAACUGAUGGGACCAAAAAGACUGUUUUGCGAAAGCUUCUUGAUAGAGGAGCGAGUGUGAGUUUGCGGACUCGACACGGGAGCGCUCUUGAGUUUGCAAUCAGGACGUCAACUGAGGAUAUUGUGCGUAUGUUACUCGAUGCUACUACACAAUUGUGUGAUCUCACAAACCUACUAUACUUUGCAGCUCACAAUAGUAGGGAGAACUUCAUUCCCCUGCUAGUUGAGCUGGGUGCCGACGUCAACAAGCGAGUGGAAGGACGGACGGCACUCAUAGAGGCAUUGGAGCGAGGAAAUAUGCCAAGUGUGUGGUCGUUGCUAGAUUUGGGAGCCAGAAUAGACUUCAGCUACCGGGAAGACCGAGAAGCAGCCACGAAUGUCCACAACUCUGACGAAGUCAUCGACAGACUUGAGACGUUCGUACUGGCAGGCGCAGAUCUUAAUGCCAACGAUGGCAAAGAAACAGUCUUGCUUUCAGGUCUUUCUUACCCCAACAUAUUUGACUACGACUACAAAACGAUUGUUCAUUGGGCUAUAAAUAAUGGGGCUGAUAUAAAUCAGAUUCUUCCCGCGUCCGCGCUUCCUACGCUUUUGUGUGCUGCAGCGGCAAAGUCCACGGCAGACGUGGUGGAAAGUCUGCUUGGUGCGGGAGCAGAUCCAGCUCUCAAUUUGGACUUCGGUUUUGGAAGCGCAUUGGUUGCUGCUGCGUUCCAUGGACAGGACGAGACAUGUCGUCUUUUGCUCGAUGAGCAAGGAGUUGAUGUUAAUCAGCGCUACCAUUGUUUUUUCUCAAACGCCUUAUAUGCUACUAUCAUGGGUCAUUUGGACUAUCUCGAUAUGGACGAGGGGGAUAAGGAGUACGAGAUCUGGGAUUUGGAAAGCCGCUUAGGAUACACCGUUGAGUCUCCUGAGCAUCACGCAGUCAUGCAAGUAUUAUUUGAGAAGGGCCUGCAUCUCUACCUACCGAUAUAUAAAUCACUUGAAGCGUUGGCUCCUUUACUCGAUCUUGGGUCAAGUAGGUAUGUGAUCGGAGAGUGUUGCUUUAUGAACGACACAGUCUAUCAAAGCGGCCUACCUAGUUCAUGGUUCUUCAUAAUAUGGGAACUACACUCUAUCAAAGGCGUUAAGAGCCAUUUGCAUUCACUACUACGUCAGUGGUACUUCCCUGGAGAUUUGACACCAGGAUCAAGGGUUUUGGCGAAAGUGAAGAGGGCCUUCAAACACAGACCUGACUAUAUUGUUAUGAUCUCCUUACAAAAGUAUCACUCGCAGCUGAGCGUUUUUACAAUACCAUCCAAACGCCCUAGUGUCAAUUUUGACUUCAAAGAUCGUCAGUGGAAGGCUUACACUCCUCUUGAAUUCGGUGGUGUCGACUUUACCCAGGACCCUAUUUGGUCUUCCCGAGACGGCAUUUCAAGUCGAAAGACCAUACCUUCACUAGAAAGUUCUCAGACGAAUAGCACAAAGCAGCACGGAAGUUUGGUAUCUUGGCUUCUGUCUCUAUUCGUUGUUGGUUGUUUGACAUUUAUCCUCAGUCUAGCUAACGAGCGACUUUGA